CAAAAAUGAUUAUUGCAUAAGUAGGCAUUACCUACUUUAUAAUAAAGAGGUACUUGAUCACAAAAGAAAACCCCUAAGGUAUGAUAAAUCAUUAAUGGCAAUACUUUGGAAGGUGAAAGUUAAAUAUUAGAAUGUGGUAUCGAUACGACACGGAACCAAAUUGAUACCAUCACUUCCUAAAGUACCUAGUGUAGGUACCCACUACUAAUUAUUGGAGUUUUCAAAGCGUGACAGCACUCUACUCCAGACGUAGAGGGGUAGGUGUACCUUACUUCCACAAGUAACAUGGAGGCAGUACCAGCUAGUGGUUCCUCAUAGAUAAAUAAAAGUACCGAAUGCUGGGUACUGAUGUCCACCCAAGAACUUCGUUUCCUAUUCAUUGACACAUCUGUACAGAACCCUAAACUUUUGUUCCUAUUCUGAUUUUACCAGUUAUUUAAACUGUAAACCAAUUUAUAAUAAAACUGCUUUACGAUUACUAUCGAGUAAUCGCCAAUCUCGCACGAAUAUAACAAUAAUUCAAAUCAAGCAGCCACUACUGGCUUGUUAAAAAUAUCCUUGAAAUGCCUUCAAAUAGAGUGAUGUUUUAUGGUGUUUUACUAUUUCUAUCAUUAAUUAUUGUAACGGAAUGCGACGUAAAUGUAAAAAAUGCUGAAGCCUUGCAAGUAUGCUUAGAGACUACACUUACAUUCUACACAUUGUUCGCACAAUGUGUUGCGACAGCCAUGCCGACUCUGAAAUUUGCAUCAGACGACCUUAAGAGUUAUGUUAACUAUCCUUCAAGAACAACCGUGGGAUUUGCACCAAAAUUUACAAGCAACCGAAAAUUUUUUGCAAACAUGAUUAGCACUGUAGAAUUCAAAAAUACUCUACAAAAAGACGAAGAAGAACUCAGACGUGGCCUAAUAAAAAAGAUGAGGUAUUGCGAUUCAGUUGUAAUGGAUCAAGAAGUUAUGCGUGACUUGUAUGAUCGAGAAGUUGACCUUACAAAAAUGAAAAAGUAAAUUGUUCUAAUAUAUUAAUUUAAUCUUUGAUUUCUCUAACUCCCUGAAUACAUCGGCUACUAGUGACAGAUGAUUCAUUAGAAUAUAUCAUCCGAAACUGCGAAUAGCAUUAAAAAUGGCACCUAUUCUUGGGAACUGAUUAAAAAUAAUUGCUGUUAUUAGUGGCUAACGUAGUAAUAUAUUACCUACACGAAGCACAUGAAAAAAUAGCUUUGCAUAUUUAGAUAACAGCUAAAAUAACAAAAUUUAUAUAAACUUCUAUUCUUAUUCCUUGGAUCGAAUAUCAAAGUAUAAGUAAAUCAUCCCAGCUUUUCAUAGCGACUUGAACGUUUUGUCACUAUCAUCUAUCUACACACUUCACAAUCUAUCUACACAAACACAUCUCUAUU